UAUAUGGAGUAAAUUGUCUCAUCCUUUCCCCGUAAAGGAUUGGAGAAAUGAUAAAUGUAAACAAAAUGGGAAAUUCUCAUCUGCUGCAUAAAGCUCUCUACGACCCAUCUCGUUUCGGUCGGUGAUCUCAUUAUUGUCCGUCUGUGUGUUUAUUCUCCUCCGCCGCGGACACAGAGCCAUUCAACUAAUUGGAGGACAAUCUUCUGUCCCCAACUACAACACCUGAAAAUCCCCUAAAUACUACCCCAUUUACCCACGUGAUUUACCUAUACAUGCUAAGCCUGAGCCUGAGCCUGAUUCUUUUCCCUCGGCAGCAUCACCCUGUUUCUCUGCUACCGCUGCAUCAUUCAUUUCCACUCUUCUAGUUCUAAUUUCCUUCAAAGCUUUUGCAUCUGCUCAAAAGCAGAAUAAUUGGAAUCAUACAAAAGUAUGGCUUGGACAUGUGCUGGCUGCCAUUCAACUGCGACGUUCUCGUCCCUUUACCCUCCGGUUCUCCAAGACUGCGGCUUUUCUUCACUGAGACCGCAGACUCUACGGCUGCUCAAUCACCCAACUCGGUUCUCAUUUUCCCACCAAAAGGGCUAUAGGCUUCCACAAUCCCCUUCGCCUUUCACGAUUCUCUGUCUCCGUGACCCCAAAGCUAUGGUGGUCACUGGUAAGUCGUGGGACAAACUGAUCUUAAACAGUGAUGUACCAGUUCUUGUUGAGUUCUAUGCCAGUUGGUGCGGGCCUUGUCGGAUGGUGCACCGGGUGAUUGAUGAGAUUGCAAUGGACUAUUCUGGCAGAUUGAAAUGCUUUGUGCUCAAUGCGGAUGAUGACUUGGAAAUUGCUGAGGACUAUGAGAUUAAGGCUGUACCAGUGGUCUUGUUGUUUAAGAAUGGUGAGAAACGUGAAUCUGUCAUCGGUACCAUGCCCAAGGAGUUCUAUGUGGCUGCAAUUGAAAGGGUCCUAUCUACAUAGUUGUAGAUGUAGUCAUGUUCAAAGCUUCCAGGAUUAUUGGUCAAAUUUUAUGUACCAUUGGCUCAGCAUCUUUUGUUUUAUUGAUUUACUCUCUCCAAAGGAUCUGUAAAUUAUUGGUAGAUUUGGUUCUCAGUUUCCUGGGGAACGCUGGCAGUCAGAGGACUGCCUUUUUUCUUUUUUCUUUUUUUUUUGUCCAGCCUUUUCAAGAAAUACAGGAAUACGUGUAAUGUUAGUCAUCAAGAUUAUGAACUUGCUUUUUAGUAUGUUCCCUUGAUGCGAUUCAUUUGUGGGAAAGUUUUGUGCACAUCAUUUCUUUU